CGUCUUUCUUUUCGAUUUCUCAUUUCUCUAAUUUCUCUCUUUUCUCUCUGUCUGAGUUGUUUGUUUAACACAAUGGCGACGACUAGUUUAGUUACAGGACUAAAAGUGUUUUUACCGGUUAUGUUCUGUGUGAUGCUCGGGACUCUUCUCUACACCAUCAUCACCGAUGGCCUUCCUUUACCUGAUCGUCAAGAUGUCUUCACACCAUGGUUCGUUACGACAAUUUUGGAUUUCUACAUCAAUAUCGUACCUAUAGCGGUUUGGAUUGUGUACAAGGAGUCUACAUGGUCUGGUUCAAUACUUUGGACCGUUUUGCUUAUUAUAUUCGGCAGCCUCACGACCUGUGUGUAUCUGUUUCUUCAACUUCUUAAGCUGACAACUCAAGAAGCUUCAGAAGAUCCUAUGUACUAUUUGUUACUUCGAGAUUCAGUCAAGGAUGGAGUUGGUUUGAGGGACAAGAAUUCACUUGUUGUCACUGCAAGAUUUUCGUUUGGUGCCUUAGGAUGUGUGAUGCUAGGAGCUUUGACUUACACUAUCUUGACUUAUGGUUCUCCUUUUCACAUGGAGCUUCUAUACCCAUGGAUGGUGGUUUUAUUGGUUAACUUCUACAUUCAUGUUGCGGUAUUAUCAGUUUGGGUUGUCUAUAAAGAAACUAGUUGGAUCAUUGGGAUUCUCUGGGUUGCUCUAUUGAUAGGUCUUGGCAGCGUUGGCACGAGCGUAGCUAUUGUCGUGCAGCUGUUCCGUCUCUCUCCUCUUGACCCGCUCUACCUUGUUCUGGUGAACAACAGUAAUCGGGCUGGAGAUAUGUACGAACGUACUCAUUCUGCGGUUUUGCGUAUGUGAAGCUGUGUGGUUUCAUAUUUGAACUUUUUUUUACCACAAAAGUUCAAAACAUCUAUUACAAGUUUGUAUGUUCCAUAGAUUUCUUUUGUAUAUUGUGUGACAAAACGUAGCCUGUUCUUCUCUGGGCAUAAAUGCAAUUACUUAUGUAAUCAACAUUUUUGGUCAUGAAUCAUGACUUGGAAGAACACAUGGAUUUAGACUUUUUUAAGUCCGGAAAUUUUUGCUUUU